AUGACAAAUGGUGCUUGGCUGAUCCGGUACCAUGACUUCAUUUCGAACAAGGAAACUCAACAAUUUGCAAUUGUGGACGGACCAACAGUUAUAAGUGACUCGCAAAAUGCGUUGUUAUUAGUCUUAGAUUCGUCCUUUAAUCCUCCACAUUGGGGCCAUUACACUUUAGUGAAGAAAGCGUACGAAUGUUACAGAGACCUUUAUCCGGGAAAGUCUGUGCAUGUCCUUUUGUCUCUUUCCGUUAAUAACGCCGACAAGGGCGGUGAGAAGCCGGCGACGUUCGAUAAAAGAGUUGCCAUGAUGCACAUAAUGGCAAGAAUAUUGGAAGAUAAAAUGCCAGAGGUGGAAGUAUCCAUAGGACUAAGCGUAUUUCCUAAAUUUGUGGAUAAAGACGCAUCCAUUAGGAAGCAGUUUUUUCAACAUGGGGAGGUUGUCUAUUUGGUAGGGUACGAUACAAUUGUCCGAAUCUUCGAUGCUAAGUACUACAAGCCAGAUACCCCUGCCAUUGUACUGAACGAGUUCAUGCGUCAAACGGAGCUAUGUUGCUUAACAAGGUUAUCUGGUGAUGUCACGCCAGAAAUGCAGCAAAGGUAUCCGUUGGAUAUUCUUCACGGGGAAUACGAACCGUCAAUACCGAAAGAAUGGGGCAACCGGAUAAAAGUUAUUGCCAACGAUGCGAAGUACAUCGGUGUCUCCUCAUCGGCCAUUAGGAAAGAAAUAACUACCAACCGUGGCAAUCUUGACCUGGAUGGAUUGCAACAGCUUUUGCCCGGAGAGAUCAUUUCGUACAUCGUGGGUCACAGCAAAGCGAAAUCCAUAUUUGAAGGUUAG